AUGGCGGGCCCGGACCUCAAGUGUCUCAGGUGCAGAGCGACUGUUUACCCCGUGGACAAAGUCGGACCUUUGAAAGACUUCACGUUCUAUCAUCAAGGGUGCUUCAAAUGCAAAGUGUGCGGAACGAAACUCACGCUCAAAACCUACUUCAACAACCUACAAGACCAAGACGAUCAAGAAGUCUACUGUCAGAAUCACGCUCCCAAAACGGGUCCAGGAACCUUGGACGGAACCGCCGUCGGCAUAAAGGCCGCCCUUUCGGUGCCUAAAACGCAUCACCUAGUCAAUGAACAAAUUCGAGGACUCGGCCACUCGGGAGCGAUCGAAGUCGACACCUUCAAGAGGGGAGGCAAUGGCCACAUGGGGGAUUUCAAGUACGGUGUCAAAAACCACGGUCGGUUCGACGCCUCCGCUCUUCACAUCACACACGCGCUCCAGGCGGCAAGACUCGCGUCCGCCAAAUACUACAACGAAAACGCUCGACAUCUCGGAGUCAAUGUGGAUGCCGAAACCCAGCGGACCUUGGAGAUGCGGCACAGAAUGGAGGAGGAUGAUUUGUACAGACAAUUUGCCAAGAAAAGAGUAGAAGAAGAGACUGUCAUGCAGCAUCAGAUCAGGGAAGAGUGGGAGAAAGAGCUUGAGAAAUUAACAUCUCGCUAUCACCAAGAAAUUCGACGCAAGCGAAACAACUUCGCCGUCACUCCAGACGAAGAGCGUGCAAUGACCAUGAGACACCAAAAGGACAAAGACGACCUUGAGAAAAACAUGACUGUCAAACUGGACAGGAGGAAAGAAGCGCUGACCCGCAAACUCAUGGAAGCCGAAAGAGCCGCAACCGCGGAUCUCGUGGAGAAGCAUGCUGAGGAAAUGCUUAACCUGAUCAACGAAAAGCGUGAAGAAAUCGUCCAGCGUGACGGUGGACACAUUCACGAUUCUUCAUAUCCCCUACAUCCUCCGACCCCGGGCUAUGCUUCGAUUUCGAAGUUGGACAUCUACAUCGAUCCAUCGGUUUUCCAAGAAUUGGAUCAACAGGCAAUAAACGUCGCGCAGGCCGACCAGAGAACCUUUACCGAUCUUGUCCGACAACUUACGCACAAUUGCGAGACGGACGUCGAGAAGGCAAGGGCCAUUUUCCGUUGGAUUACGGUGAAGAACCUGAACCAGAUGACGUUCGACGACACUAUCAACGCCGACACUCCGAUGGGAAUCUUGCGAGGCAUCAAGCAUGGCACCGAGAGCUACCACGUUCUCUUCAAACGGCUCUGCAGUUACGCAGGGCUCCACUGCGUCGUCAUCAAGGGCUAUUCCAAGAGUGCCGGAUAUCAGCCAGGAAUCAGGUUCGAUGAUAGUCGAUUCCGAAAUUCCUGGAACGCCGUCUAUGUUGCCGGAGCUUGGCGGUUCGUGCAGUGCAAUUGGGGUGCUCGUCAUCUCGUGAACGCUAGAGAGGUCCCGAGGAACGGAUCACGUAGCGAGUCAGAUAAGCUACGGUACGAGUAUGACGAUCAUUACUUUCUGACGGAUGCUCGAGAGUUCAUUUACGAGUUCUUCCCUCAAAAUCCUGAAUGGCAACUCCUGAAAAAACCAAUCACUCUGCGAGAUUUCGAAGAGCUCCCCUUCGUCCGAUCGUUAUUCUUCAGGUACGGGUUAUAUUUCCCCGACCCCGACACGAAAGCGACGCUCUUCACCGAUCAUACAGGAGGAACCACAGUCAGAAUCGGGAUGCCUCACGAACCAAGGCAUUCUCUCAUCUUCCACUACUCGCUCAAAUAUUUCGACCACAACGACCAAGCAAUUGACAACUUUGAUGGCGUCUCCCUCAAACGAUUCGUCAUGCAGUCCGUCGUGGACAAUGUUGUUGCAUUCAGAGUGCACGCGCCGUGCAGCGGAACGUUCUUGUUAGACAUUUUUGCCAACUCGGUGUCUCCGGAAGAGUAUCUGACUGGGGAGCCCAUGAAAUUCAAGAGUGUGACCAAAUUCAGGAUUCUGUGUGAAGAUUUGCACACGGUCAUGAUCCCGCUGCCGGAGUGCGCGGGUGGGGAAUGGGGUCCCGAGAAAGCCUUGAGACUUUUCGGUCUCGACGCCAUUAGUCACGAAGACGCGCUCAUCAUCGCAGGUCGAGAACUUCAGAUCCAGUUCCGGAUGACGAGACCGCUGUCGGACUUCCUAGCCGCUCUUCACAUGAACGGCUGUGAUGAGAAGAAGCUCUCGAAAUUCGUUUCGCAUUCAGUCAGUGGCGAUAUGGUUUCGUUCUUCCUUAGUUUCCCUGAGGACGGCCAAUACGGGCUCGACAUCUACACCCGGGACCCCAACGAGCCACAGUCCAACGGUCAUUACGACUCGCGCGGUAAAGACAAGCAGCUCCUGACUCAUUGCUGCAAAUACCUCAUCAAUGUUAGCCGGCGAUGA